AUGAUCUUGCAAGAUGUGCAGCAGCCCACGGAAGGCGUCAAGCUCGUCACUGGGCACGUGCAGGCGCUCUUCAAAAAUGAUUCGCUCGGAAACGGAACUCUUUACAUCACCAACAGGUGAGACUCGAAAAAAUAUGCUGAAAGCGUCAUGGUUAAAAGAUUUCAGCGCAGUGACCUGGAUCAACAAUGCCGGCGGCUCGAAAGGUUUUUCAAUCUCUUAUCCGGCCAUCGUUCUGCACGCCAUCUCCACCGACCUGUCCGUUAUUCCCGUAGAACACGUAUUUGUGAUGGUCGAUCAGCGGAAGUCGGGUAAGUUAUUAUUACAACCUUUCUGAAAGUAAUGAGAGAUGACGGAAAGGUUUUAGUGAGGAGACGAAGACGUGCGCCCGUUCUGCGGACAAUAGAGGAAGAUAUGGAGGAUAGAGGUACACGUCUUCGUCUCCAGAAGAAUCGUAAACAACGAUUAAAUAUAAGUUUCAGGACUUGAACUGGCCGCCGCUGAACUGGAAGACGAGGAAUCGGACGAUGAUGAGGAGGGAGCGGGGCUCGAGAUUCGUCUCGUUCCGGACGAUAAAGAAGCAUGUGAGUGCUUGUUGAUUGCGGCGUGCAACUUUUGAUUCCGUUUCUUUCAGUGACCCAGAUAUAUCACGAAAUCGUGAAGGGACAGGAGGAGAAUCCAGAGGAGGACGAUCCUAUGUUCGAUGAUGACGAGGAGGAAGAAGGAGAGGAAGGAGGAGAAGAGUACGAAGGAAUGGAAGAAGAGAUGGGCGGAGGAGACGGACAGUGGUUCACUGCUGACAACGUGAGUCGCUUCGUAAGGUCCUGCGUCUAUUACCACUUUUUUCUUUCAGAUCGAUCAGAUGCAGAUGAGCGAAGAAGGUCUGGCCAACAUGCAGAGAAUCUUCGGCGGAGCAGCCGCUCGUCAGAACCAGAAUCACGAUGAUUCCAUGGAAUAA